CGGUGACCUUCACGGCCUGGGCGGCGGGCGUAGGCCCCUGAGGCGGCGGCGGCGCGAUGUUCGUGCAGGAGGAGAAGAUCUUCGCGGGCAAGGUGCUGCGGCUGCACAUCUGCGCGGCCGACGGCGCCGAGUGGCUGGAGGAGGCGGCCGAGGACACCUCAGUGGAGAAGCUCAAGGAGCGCUGCCUGAAGCACUGUGCACAUGGGAACCUAGAAGACCCCAAGAGUGUAACGCAUCAUAAGUUAAUACAUGCUGCUUCAGAGAGGGUGCUGAACGAUGCCAAAACUAUCUUAGAAGAGAAUGUUCAAGAUAAAGAUGUCUUACUGCUGAUAAAAAAGCGGGCCCCAGCUCCACUUCCGAAGAUGGCCGACGUCUCUGAGGAAGAAAAGAUGAAACAAGACCAGACAACCCCAGACAGAGAUGCUAUAUUCCAGGCAACAGCCGACCUGCCCUCCCACAACAUGGACCGGGCCGUGGUGCAGACCAGCGUGCGAGAUUUCCAGACAGAACUCCGGAAAAUAUUGGUAUCUCUCAUCGAGGUGGCUCAGAAAUUGCUUGCACUGAACCCUGAUGCCGUUGAAUUAUUUAAGAAGGCAAAUGCCAUGCUGGACGAGGAUGAGGAGGAGCGAGUAGAUGAAGCCGCCCUGCGGCAGCUGACAGAAAUGGGCUUUCCAGAGACCAGAGCCGUAAAGGCCCUGCGGCUGAACCACAUGUCAGUGACACAGGCCAUGGAGUGGCUCAUCGAGCACGCAGAGGACCCCACCAUAGACACACCUCUACCAGGCCAGGCCUCACCAGGCACCUCGGAGGCCACCGCCACCUCCACCGAGGCACCCACUGGGACGAGUGAGGGAGAAGAGGAGGUCAGAGACGAGCUAACGGAGGUCUUCAAGAAGAUUCGAAGGAAAAGGGAAUUCCGGGCAGAUGCGCGGGCCGUCGUUUCCCUGAUGGAGAUGGGGUUUGAUGAGAAGGAGGUGAUCGACGCUCUCCGAGUGAACAACAACCAGCAGAAUGCGGCCUGUGAGUGGCUGCUGGGGGACCGGAAGCCCUCCCCCGAGGAGCUGGACAAGGGCAUGGACCCCGAGAGCCCCCUCUUCCAAGCCAUCCUGGACAACCCUGUGGUGCAGUUGGGCCUGACCAACCCUAAGACACUGUUAGCAUUUGAAGACAUGCUCGAGAACCCACUCAACAGCACGCAGUGGAUGAACGACCCUGAAACAGGACCUGUCAUGCUGCAGAUCUCCAGGAUCUUCCAGACCCUGAACCGCACGUAGUGCUGCCUAGCUGCUCCCUGCUGCGGUGGCCACCGGUGGAGGCUCAGAGCCGGCGCUUCCUCACCGCUUCCCCGGGCGAGAGGUCCUGGGGGGUUCACUGGUAACAGAAGAACCAAGGGCUGCAGAGACCCUUCAGCUCAGCUGAGGGUGCAUGCUGCGGGGAGAAGGGCCAGGAGGGUGGGGCUGCAGAAACCUCCCUCCCAGCCUUGUCUGGACUGCUCAAGGUGGCAUCUGCUCCCAAUUUUUAAUCUUCCUGCUUAAAAACCUUCUAUGAUGAUAGUUUGUAAGUCUGCGUUUUUAGCAUCUGACGGUGUUUACAAAAAGUGACCGAUGUUUCACUAGGAAGUUGAACGUUCGCCCCUCUCCAGAGAGUGUUCCCUGCCGCCCCCGGAGGCUGCCUGAAUCCAACCUUAGGAGUUUACAUUAGCAUCCACUUGUAUGAAAGAAGGCAUGUUUCAACUCAAAGUGUUCAUAUCAGACAUACUAAUUUAAGUAGAGUAUUUCAUAGGUGAUUUUUCUUUAAUAAACAAUUGCUCUUUUUCCAAU